AGCAAAUAUAAGGUAGCUCAUUUAAAACAUCUAUUUACCACCACACUGCAUUAAAGUGGAGCCGAUUUUAAUCAGGGCACUCCACAAACUGCAACUUUUAAAAAUCAAACCCGUCCACAUUUUAGAACAACUUCAUUUUCUUUCUAGCUCUAGAGAAAAGCCCAUUAACCAGUGUAAUUUUAUUACCCCCACAUUCAGGGACACGCUCCUACAAUGAUGUGUAAAUCUUAUUCACCUGGAAAUCAUUAUACCGAGACUCAGAACGGGGGGGGAGACCACAUAUCUUUCUCACAUACUCAUUAAAGCGAAUUAUCUUGCAGAGUGCCCAAGCAGGCCUGGCUCUUCAUUCCUCCAUUUCUCCCCUCCCAUUACCGCCCCCUCCAUCCCGAAGUCCUAAGUGCAGUCCGAUGCAUCACCGACGACUAGGACUUAUGGGGCAGCCGCGGGGAGCCCCUAAGCACGAACUGAGUAGUCCUUAGAACCCGCGCUGCAACGGGACGUGUUUUGCACGGGUCUCGGAGGAGGGCUGAAUCGUGGGGUGGGUGGGAUCCUGCCCGCCUUGAUUGCACGGAGAUCAGGUAGUUAGGGAGGAUGGCAAUGGCACGCCGGUUCAACCUCCCGCCUCUGCAGCGCCCACCACACCCCGGCUGCUCCCACCGUGGAACCUGAGCGUCUCCCCAUCCUGGAAUAAUGUAUUUGUUGCCUUGGACUUGAAAUAAUCAGAGCCCUACUACAGUAAACAGAAGGCCAAGAACUGAUGUGGGAAAUAUGGACCUAAUGAACGGGCAGUCGAGCAACAUUAACAUUGCAGCUACUGCUUCAGAGAAAAGUAGCAGUUCUGAAUCAUUAAGUGACAAAGGCUCUGAACUGAAGAAGAGUUUUGAUGCUGUGGUAUUCGAUGUUCUUAAGGUUACCCCAGAAGAAUAUGCGGGUCAGAUAACAUUAAUGGAUGUCCCAGUAUUUAAGGCUAUUCAACCAGAUGAGCUUUCAAGUUGUGGAUGGAAUAAAAAAGAGAAGUACAGUUCUGCGCCAAAUGCAGUUGCCUUCACAAGAAGAUUUAAUCAUGUAAGCUUUUGGGUAGUUCGAGAGAUCCUUCACGCACAGACAUUAAAAAUCAGAGCAGAAGUUUUGAGUCAUUAUAUUAAAACUGCAAAGAAAUUGUAUGAAUUAAAUAACCUCCAUGCACUUAUGGCAGUGGUGUCUGGUUUACAAAGUGCCCCCAUCUUCAGACUAACUAAAACAUGGGCAUUAUUGAGUCGAAAAGAUAAAACUACUUUUGAAAAAUUGGAAUAUGUUAUGAGUAAAGAAGAUAAUUACAAAAGACUUAGAGACUAUAUUAGUAGCUUGAAGAUGACACCUUGCAUUCCGUAUUUAGGCAUCUAUCUGUCAGAUCUGACUUAUAUUGAUUCUGCAUAUCCAUCAACUGGAAGCAUUCUAGAAAAUGAGCAGAGAUCAAAUUUAAUGAAUAACAUCCUUCGAAUAAUCUCUGAUUUACAGCAGUCUUGUGAAUAUGAUAUUCCCAUGUUGCCUCAUGUCCAGAAAUAUCUGAACUCCGUUCAGUAUAUAGAAGAACUACAAAAAUUUGUGGAAGAUGAUAAUUACAAGCUUUCAUUAAAGAUAGAGCCAGGAACAAGCGCACCGCGUUCUGCUGCUUCCAGAGAAGAUUUAGUAGGUCCUGAAGUAGGAGCAUCUCCACAAGGUGGAAGAAAAAUCAUAGCAGCAGAAGGAGCCUUGCUACCACAAACACCUCCAUCACCUAGGAAUCUGAUACCACAUGGACACAGGAAGUGCCAUAGCCUUGGUUAUAAUUUCAUUCAUAAAAUGAACACAGCAGAAUUUAAGAGUGCAACAUUCCCCAAUGCAGGGCCAAGACAUCUACUGGAUGACAGUGUCAUGGAGCCCCAUGCACCAUCCCGAGGACAGGCUGAAAGCUCUACUUUGUCUAGUGGAAUAUCAAUAGGUAGCAGUGAUGGGUCUGAGCUUAGUGAAGAGACCUCAUGGCCUGCCUUUGAAAGGAACAGAUUAUACCAUUCUCUCGGUCCGGUGACAAGAGUGGCACGAAAUGGCUAUCGGGGCCACAUGAAGGCCAGCAGUUCUGCAGAGUCAGAAGAUUUGGCUGUGCAUCUGUAUCCAGGAGCAGUUACUAUUCAAGGUGUUCUCAGGAGGAAAACUGUUUUAAAAGAAGGCAAAAAGCCUACAGUAGCAUCUUGGACAAAAUAUUGGGCAGCUUUGUGUGGGACGCAACUUUUUUACUAUGCUGCCAAGUCCCUAAAGGCUACAGAGAGAAAACAUUUUAAAUCUACGUCAAAUAAGAAUGUAUCUGUGGUAGGAUGGAUGGUGAUGAUGGCUGAUGACCCUGAACACCCAGAUCUCUUCUUGCUGACAGACUCUGAGAAAGGAAACUCAUACAAGUUUCAAGCUGGUAAUAGAAUGAAUGCAAUGCUGUGGUUUAAACAUUUGAGUGCAGCCUGCCAAAGCAACAGACAGCAGGUUCCUACCAACUUGAUGACUUUUGAAUAAAAGACAGGGUAAAAACCUAAAAAAGAAGACAGGUGAACUGUGGCUCAAAGUGUGGAGGAAGGACCUGAUGAGUGGGUGCCAGCUAUACAAAUCUGUGCCAGGACAGAGCCUGCGGGCUCAGCCUCUAGACUUUGGAGAACUGAACAAACAAACAAACAAAAAGCACUAAUUUCAGGGAAUGGACUCACAAUGAGUGAUAUUCCCAAAGUGAAAAAUUGGAGUUGCAACAUGAACUGCCAUGGACCAUGCUUCUUUUCUCUGAACUGACCUGUGGAAACCACUGCCUUAAAGAGUGAAAGGAAAAACAACAUGAAACACCAAAUAGUGUGUGUGAGACUUCUGGCGGUGCUGUGCUUAGGGUAGAUUGUAGCUAGUUUGCAUUUCUUUUAACUUUCUACUAAUUUUGGAGGGGGGGAGGGAAUCACAUUUUUUAGAUAUUCUUUAAAGAAAAGAGUAAAACAUUUCUUAAGGGUUACAUUAGGAGCUGGGUUUGAACUGUGGAUGUAAAGAAAUUUUCACAUUUUAGGGAUUAUACCAGCAGCCCACUUUAAGAACUUCUCUCAUACUCCAUUCAUCUGUAGCCCCAUACUUUCUCUCAGACCAAGAGUGGAAGAACUGUAAUUGUAAUAAUGUGA